AUGGAAUUAAAAAACGUUCUGAAUAUCAUCGCCAUAAAUGUUUUAGUCAGUUUAUUAUUAAUUGUUUCCAUUAAUAGUAUUAAAGUGGGUUAUGAUGAAGACGUGUUAAGUAGAAGCCGCCGUCAGCUGCUAUAUCCAAACUCUUCAGUUCUUCAGCUCAACGCUGGGGUUGGAACACCUACGCCGAUAAAGACCAUCAACGUAAAUUGGGCCUUUCAGGCGAACUUUCAGUUACCCUGGAAUCGUAGUCAGAUACCUAUAGAUAUAUUGGAGGCAAACAACGCUUAUGUGGGCUCCUCUAGGAAGGAACGUGAUGGCUACGAGAGUGAUGCUAAACUGUACCAUUUUUAUAAAUAUGUCGAAGAUGUUUUAACCGGUUUUAGUUAUAAUGGCACAGCCUGCGUACUAAAAACAUUGUGUCAACUGGGAACUGAACCUUUGCACUCCUAUCAUGAAGAAGACCUGCUAUAUGAGCUCGCUGCGUUUGUGCUCAAUCCGGAAAAUGACAUAGCUGAGACAGAGGAAGAAGAAUCCGCGCCAUAUAUCAAAGCCUACAAUGACGGGAAACUAGGUGAAAACUGUUUGAAUCACAAUUGUCCUAUAUCGUUGAUUGAUAUGUUUAGUAAAGUACAUGAAGACUGA